AUGCUGUUGGCUUUGACGAACUCCGAAGUGACUGACAGGCCCAUGGGGGGCAUUUUGGUGUUGAAGUUGAGUCGGUUGGUGGCUGGGGAUUUGCUGCAGCAGCUGCGGGGGAAGAGCGAAGACGACCCGUCGUUGGAGGCGGAGUUGAGUCGUUUUGAAAAGGCCCUCAAAGAGGCCAUUUUGGAAAGUGUUCGCCAAGUUUUGAUCCGAAUGGCUCUUUUAAUAGAGUCCAACUGGCUGUGUUCUGAAGAACUCUUAAAGGCCCAGUUCCCAGAUGUGCUGGUCACUGCCUACAGAGCCAGAGGCAGCGGCGGGCCGGGGGCUGUAGUUGAACGCGGGGAAUUCGGAAGUGAAAUAUCUGAGGGGGUGGUGUUGGUGUUGAACCAGAACUUGCAUGCGAACGAGAUGUACGUACAGCUGAGCGUAGCGGAUCCGAUCACUCCUCAAAAACCCUCUUCGGGAUUCAUUUCUGCUUUAAAAGCCGCCAGUAUGUUCAAACAAAGACUCGAAGAUGAUCCUUCUCUCCCCGGAGUUGGACUUGCCGAAGUUGUUUACUCCACCUUCAACGACCUCCAAUACGCAGAAGUCGCCGGAGGCAGCGGCGCCAGAUUCGACCCCGACUUGCACUUGCUGCUCCAGGUGCCUUCUGAGCACUUCAAAGACGCUGCAUCUUUCCACGACUUAUUCAUGGGGGCCAUCCUGGUGCAGCCUCUGACCUUCGCAGCCCCCCGCCACGUCCGCCCCGACAGAGUGCGGGUAAUGGGCUACGCAGUGAAGGCCGCGGGGGCCCCCCGGCCCAUUCGCAUGGGCAAGUUCGGGGGGGGCCUCGCCUACAGCGAGCAGGCCUUGGUAGACAGGCUGAUUCAGCGGCACGGCUUUUUGGUGCACGUUUUGCUGCUGGGGCUGCGCAGCGACUUCGCCCGCAGGGACUCCGAGGCCACGGCCGAGGAGAUCUACAAACGAUUUCGCAGCAGAACCAGGGGCACCAUCAACGUCGUCUUCAUCGAACCCAUCAAACCCCCCGAA